GACACAUGCGUGGCUAAUAGUGUCUGUCUGAUUUGGUUAUCUCUCGGAGAAGCAAUAAAGCGAGUUUAAUUUUAGAUUCAUAGUGUCCAUCCAUGAUUAUUCAUUACUCCUAUUUAGUAAAGGAAAUAUGAAACGAACAAACAAACAAAGAUCCAUCCACACUUUCUACAUAUAAAAUAACACAGAGUUAGUGAGUGUAGUUGGAACUUAGAACUUAGAACUUAGAAGUUAGAACUUAGAAAUGAGAAUGAAGGUGAUUCUUCUCCUAACACAACUUGCCUUCGUUAUUAUCUCAGCUAGAUCUGAGACUCAGACACACAAUCUCUCUCCUCUGUAUAUCUUGGAAAACGAUGUCGUUCCAGCUUCCACCUCUCCUCAAACUCAACCUCUCAUGGUUCCCCUCACUCUUAUCCAAGGAGCUUCUUCUAAAGGAGCAGUAUGUUUGGAUGGAACGUUACCUGGUUACCACUUGCAUCAUGGAUCUGGAUCGGGUGCAAAUAGUUGGCUCAUUCAAUUGGAGGGAGGAGGAUGGUGUAACACCAUCAAAAGUUGUGUCUUUAGAAAAACUACUCGCCGCGGUUCCUCUAAAUAUAUGGAAAAGAAACUACCAUUCACAGGGUUAUUGAGCAAUAAAGCUGAAGAAAAUCCUGAUUUCUUUAACUGGAAUCGAGUCAAAGUGCGGUACUGUGAUGGCGCAUCUUUCAGUGGAGACAGUCAAAAUGAGGCUGCACAGCUUCAAUUUAGAGGACAAAAAAUAUGGCUAGCUGCAAUGGAGGAAUUAUUGUCCAAGGGAAUGCAGAACGCCAACCAGGCUCUAUUGUCUGGAUGCUCUGCGGGUGGUCUGGCAUCUAUACUACAUUGCGAUGAGUUCCGGAGCUUGUUGCCAAAAUCUACCAAAGUCAAAUGUUUGAGUGAUGCAGGGUUUUUUCUUGACGCAACUGAUGUAUCUGGGGGACACACAUUGAGAAAUAUGUUUGGAGGUGUAGUUACCUUACAGGAAGUGCAAAAAAACCUGCCAAAAAGUUGUCUCAACCACCUGGACCCAACUUCGUGCUUCUUUCCUCAAAACUUGAUUGAUCAUGUUGAGACUCCAUUGUUUCUGCUAAAUGCUGCAUAUGAUGCAUGGCAGGUCCAUGAAAGUUUAGCCCCACAUUCAGCAGAUCCUCAUGGAUCAUGGAGUGAAUGUAAAUCAAAUCAUGCCAAGUGUAACUCAUCUCAAAUUCAGUUCCUUCAAGACUUCAGAAAUCAAAUGCUAAACGACGUGAAAGGAUUCUCAACGACAUCUCAAUCCGGAUUAUUCAUAAAUUCUUGUUUUGCUCAUUGCCAAUCCGAGAGACAAGAUACAUGGUUUGCUGAUGACUCUCCGGUUAUUAACAAAAUGCCAGUUGCACGUGCCGUCGGAAACUGGUUUUUCGAUCGUCAAGCUAUCAAAGCUAUUGACUGUGCUUACCCCUGUGACAACUCCUGCCACAAUCUGGACUCCAAUGUUGGUAGAUCUACCAUAGUGGACUCUCAGUCCACAAGUGAUGACAGUGAUACAACUACCACUAUGAUAUAUUCCCACUCCACAAGGUUGACUUUUAUUGCUGGCUUAUUUGUACUAAGUGCUUUAUUGCCAAUUACAUGCUCCUAAUUCACUGUGCCUGUUAAGAAACCUAUAACUUUUAGUGGCAUGGUUAGAUGUAAAGGAGUUAAAAAACAGGAAUUUGAAUUACACGAUGGUGCUAUAUAUAAUAUAUAGCACCGUCGUGUAAUUAUGCACAAUGCAGCUGGAUCUAAGCACGUGUGCUUCAAAUCAUAAGAUUCAAGGAAAAGCAAGAAAAAGAAAGUUGUCUUGUGACACUAGUGGAAAUAAUCUCAGUGAUUCAGAUACUUAAGUCAAUGAAACCAUUAGGACUUACUUAGGAGAA